GUUUCUGAAGAAUGUUCCAUAUCGCGCUAAGCUCAUCACUGCUGAUUAUGACAGGCGUGCAACGGCACACAUCCACAGAGCACUCUUCAAAUCAUCUACACAGUGGUUAUCCAACUAGGAUUAUAAAGGCACACAUUGACAUCGACCACUGUUGCAAUCAACGACACAGUCGCUAUCCAAGUAGCAUUAUAGAGCUGUCAUGCAACGCAACAACUGUGCUAUCUGCCAUCGCACAUCAACGAAGAAGUGCAGCCGCCCACAUUCCACCUCACGUCUGUCCGACCAGCUGCAAUCCUCGAGGACGCCCCACUGUACCACGAUUUCACUACGAUGUUUCACAAGAAGGAGCAGUGCGCGAUAUAGGCUAAUGAGCAGACUUCCCUCGCUUGAGUUUCGGAAGAAUGUUCCAUAUCGCGCUAAGCUGACCACUGCUGACCAUGACAGGCGUGCAUUGGACUGGUACAGGUUGGAACUGAACAUUGAAUAUGCUGGUGGUGACGCUUUCUGAUGAGAAGUUGGUCGUGACUGAUGCAGUAUCCUUGGACUUGUCAACAGCAUCGUUCAAUCAUUGCUCUCUGAGCUGCCUUGAUUCUGUACUUACCCAAAUACUAAGACCAAAUGCCUGUUGACUGUGCUUUAAGAGAGACUGGCGCCAUGCCUAGAGAUAUGACUGACCCCUAUUGGCAAAUUUGUAUGACUUUAUCUUGCCUACCUAGCUGCUGCCUAUAGUCUCCCUUUAACUGCAGAACACUUCAAAGUCAAUAAAAUGCCAUGUUCCACCUUUUAAUGUGUUCAGACCGCCAUUUUCAAAAUAAUCAAAUCAGGACACUGCCUUCUAGUCUCAUAAUAAAUUUUGCUUUCCUCAAUAAUAA